GUGGAAAAAAGUAAAAGUAAAAAGUAAACACAGAUUAAGCAUGGCAGACAUUCUAGAAUUACAUUUCAUGCGGCAGGUAAACCGUGAAAAAUUGCUUUAAAAUUUGAAUAAGUGGUCCGGCCUGAUGCAAGGAACUCCACAUUCGUUUCGAUAUAAAAUGAAACGAGAUAACGGUGUCAAUCAAGAUAGCCUAAGAACGAAACGUUUUCAACACUUUUCAGCACAAGAUCUGAGGAAUUCCUCAAGUGUAUCACGAGGAGAUCUCUGUGGAUGGGAAAUCAGUCAAUUAUUACUUUUACAUGAUGACUUUGGAAUUGUCGAGUGGGUUAAAGAUGAAGAACGAUCAAUGUUUUCUGUAACAAAUGAAACUGGCUGGUGUCAUUCAUACUUUGGAUGUUUAACACCAAGGUCUGCUGUUAGCAUUUUAGAAACAGCACAAAACGAUGGGUCGGCCAUGGACACAUUUUCAUGCCGAUUACACGAAGAAACCUCUGGACCCUUAACAGCCAAUAAUCUCCACGCACUUCGUGGGAUGCCAAAACAACCUGAUAAGCAAGACGAAGAACUUCGACAAACUUUACCCACGAACAGGACGGCUCGUAAUGUUAGGAUGAAUACCUCCUUCGACCCCAGCAGACUUCCAGAAAGAAGACCACAUUUACUUGAUACCAGGCCACUGUUAAGCCCUGUCGCCAAAAUGUGUAAUUUAGAGAGGAGGCUUGAGGCGAGAAGGAAAUCAAAGAUCGAGAGAGGCGUGGAAAGUCUGCGACAACCUUUGACGACAAAAGCGCGAACAUGCCUGGGCAAGAGAGAACUUUUUAACCCCUCAGUCAUAUCAGUAAUGGCUGGUGAUUUAGAUUCCGAUAUUACGAACAAAGAUAGUCGAGACUCUCGCAAGAAAUUGUAUAAGAAGUAUCUGCAAUUACUACCAAUUGACAGCAUGUUGAAGAUGAGAAGACACGCUAACACAGUAAACAUCUCUCCCCCUAAAAAAUGCCUGACACCUUUACCGGCAAUCGAAGUCCAGUCGGUCAUUUUUUCCCCAAAACUUUCAUGUAAUCAGAAGCAGUUGGAUAAAACUCCGUUUAAAAGCUAUCGGCCAUGAAAAUGACCGUAAUGUUUGGUUCAUCAUUCGUAAGAUACUUUGACUCGCGAGAAAAUUUGACCCCAAGGAAUUAAUCACAGAAAAGCAAUCACAUCGUGCAACACAGUGAGACAGGUCCGCAAUACGUGCGUGUCCAAAACACCUACGUUCUGGCAGUAUGCAAGAUUAAGAAAAUACAAAGUGACCUUUUCAAGAACCAAGCUAUCGUUAAAAUGUGUUGGUUAUAACUGGAGUUGGUCAUAUCAUGGUCGUUUUCCAUAGACUUUACUACUUGCUGAUCACAGGGUUUAUAUAAAGCUGACGGGCACGCUAUAUAAAAGUUCUGAGAGCAUUCGUGAUAUGAGAUAUUAUAUCAUGAUAUGAGAUAUUAUAUAACCCCUCCUCCCUGCCUACAAAAGAAGA